AUGCUGGCCCUAUUUGGAUGCGAACAACUAAAGGUCGCGGGCACAAGGCAUAUAAGGGCUAUAUUAUUGUUUUCGUUUGUUUUGCUACGAGAGCGGUCCCUUUGGAAGCGUGUACGGACUACACAGCGUUUUAAGCCUCUAGCGGUCCCGCACUUCGGAGGACUUUGGGAAGCAGUUGUCUGUUCUGCAAAACAUCAUCUUCGUCGAGUAGUGGGAGAUACUUCUCUGACUUUUGAGGAAAUGACAACCUUCCUCACGCAGGUAGAGGCUUGUCUCAAUUCACGACCGCUACAGGUUCAGAGCGAUGAUCCGAAUGAUCUGGUACCGUUGAAGCCAAAUAAUUUCUUGAUCGUUUCUCCAAUCUUCACGGUUCCAGAACCUUUUCUCAUCAACCUUAAGCAAAAUCGACUACAACGCUGGCAGCUUACCAGACACAUGUACGAAGAUUUCUGGACCAGAUGGUGCUCUGAAUAUCUAUAA